CUUGUUUAUUUCAGAGCUAAACCGUUUGUAAAGACGGACGACAUAAUUACCAGACUAAUUUGUACAACACUUGCAUCUCAAAGAGGUGUCUCCUUACGAAAACCAGAUGGCUGGUUUUGAAGUAUUUUCUAAAGCAAAAAAAAUGACAAACAUGAUCUGCUUGUCAUUGCAACACAAUAAGCUGAUUCUACUUCUAUUUGGCCAUUACAAUUACAUGUACUUGCAGUAGUGUUCCAUGGCACCUGUGAAUAUGGGUCUUAUUUGAACAUGGUUGGUGGUGCUUUGUGAAUCCAAUUUAAAGACAGUUACAGUCCAGACUUUGUGAACGUUUAUCACCUUGUAAGAUGUCUGAUUACGGAAGCGACGAUGACAUGCUCAUCUUUCCGAUCACUGACCUCAGUGGCUAUGAUGGUCAGUCGGAGAGGGAGGAGAGCGAAGACGACUUUGGAGGGGGUGGCGUCAGCAGCCUAGACAAGCCCAAGGCAUUCAUGACCCUUCGACAGCGCCGGCUGUCAAAAUCUGCCCCACCCCUGAAGCCACUGAAUGUGAACAAGCGACACUGGCUGUCUGCUAUAAAGAAGGCAAAGUGCCUGCAAGAUCCUUGGAACAAGUUCCACAUCGAAAAGCUUGACACCGAGAUUUGUCUGAGGUAUCGGUACAGUGCACUGAAACAGACCUGGACCACCGACCAGUGUAAAGUAAAGAUCGAAAACGUUCCAUUUACACGAGGAGCAAUGCGACAGUGUUACAGGAUGAAAAAGUUGUCAUCUUUUACUGGAUCUGGAGACUGGAAACACGCGGGGAAUUACGUAGCCAAGUCGUACAUUGAAGAUGUUGACCGGGAGGUGUAUUUUGAGGAUGUCAAGUUACAGAUGGAUGCCAAACUCUGGGGGGAAGAGUACAACCGACACAACCCACCAAAAAAGGUGGACAUCUUCCAGAUGUCUAUCCUUGAAUUCAAGGAGCGGAAGGGCAAGCCUCUGUUUCACCUGGAGCACUAUAUCGAGGGAGAUUACAUCAAGUACAACUCAAACUCGGGCUUCGUCGAGGAGACGCUCAGACUCACCCCGCAGGCGUUCAGCCACUUCACGUUUGAGCGGUCAGGCCACCAGCUGAUCGUGGUGGACAUCCAGGGGGUGGGUGACCUGUACACGGACCCGCAGAUCCACACGAUGUGUGGCAAGGACUACGGAGACGGGAACCUGGGGGAGAAAGGCAUGGCGCUCUUCUUCCACUCGCACUGCUGUAACAUCAUCUGUGAGCGGCUCGGACUGUCGCCCUUCGAUCUGUCGCCGCAAGAAAUCGAGAGUCGCAAAGACUUCAUUGCCAAACAGAAGAAAUUUGCUUACACUCAAGUGCGCGGGAAUGAAGAGCUGUGUAUGAGCGUGUCGCCCCGGGAGACAGUGGACAUCACACAUCUGUUGAGUCGACGCAGCCACUCUUCGGGGUCGCCGAGCAGUCGCAGUAGCUACGGCUCACCGACUCUGUCGAGCCCCGGCGGUGAGGAUGAACCCAUGUCCAUCGACAGCCCGGUCGGCAGAGUCCGAAUCCGCUUCGUCAGCGAGUCCGACAGUAUGUCCAUGGCCGAGGAGGAGGACAGAAUAGCGUUUUCCAAGCAGCAGGCUAAGUUGGCUCGACCAUCGAGUGUGUCACACGAACUUGACCGACGUCGACUGGAUGACUUGAAGAUAGGGGAUUCUAUUCUGGGAAAGAUUCACCACGAGAUGGCAAAGUACCACGACCUUGGUCGUUUCAGCCUCAGCGAGAACGACAUUGACUGGGAUUCAGCGCUGUACCACGAGGACCAUGCCGCCCAGCUGGGCGUGCUUGAAGCCAUCCUUACGAUGGCGCGCAUUUACCUCAACCUGCAGAGAGACGUGCUCAGUAACUGCACCGUUAAACAGACGGACGAUAACAUCGAUCAGGGCAUUGACUACAUGAUAGAAGCGGCAGAAGCAGGGGACAGAUGGGCCAUGCUGUAUCUGGCCAGAGCCUUCGAAAGUGGAGAUAAUCUCGGCAGCAAGAGGAGUAUUUCCUGGUUGGAUGCAUACCACUGGUACGAUCGUGCAAUAGAGACUAAUGAACACGACGAGGGUGGUGAAUACGACUCGACAAUGGAGGACCCGACGUGCACCCUCCAGGCCAAGUUAGCGGAACUGACCCUGACUGGUGGUCACGGACUCGACAAAGAUCCUCUUAAAGCAGGAGAACUGUACACCAAGGCUGCCGAGUUGGCGACCGCCGCUAUGAAAGGUCGUCUGGCCAACAAGUAUUACAUGUUGGCAGAGGAGGCCUGGGGAGAGGUGGAGGAGGAGGAGGAGGGGGGAGAAGGAGAGGAGUAAACUGUAAGGAGUCGCAUCAACAUAAUUACAGCAGACAUUACAUAUCUUUUACAACAGAGUGCUGAAACAGAACUUUGUGCAGAAACAUCGUUAAAUUUCUCUCUCAUUUGAGAUUGAUUUGAGUUCAAUGAUGUGGGGAAAUCGAAGACACAGAUCAGUUGUUUUGAAAGAAUAACUGAUGACCCUGGAUUAAUAGAUUUUUAAAUUUCACUGAGUGGAUCAGAGAUCCGAUUUCACUGUUGUGAUCAGAUUUUGUGAAAGAUGUGUUCCGAAGAAUUCUACUGUUAGACAUUUCAAGUCCAAAACUGUUCCUACUGGAGACAUUAUGAGGAUUUUGUGAAAGAAGACAUGGGUAUUUUACGAAUAGACAGUUAGUUUGAUGUAUGAGAAAUAUUGACAUUGAAGACACUAUGUGAAUUCAUGAAGAUGAAACCACAUGUUCAUGAAUGUAGAUGGCAACACAAGUAAAGACUAGAGUUGAAGGUUGAGUCCAUGAAGAUAGUUUCAUGAAUGAAGACUGGAUUGUGAGUUCACAAAUAAAUAGGAAUAAAGCUUGUACUGUCAGUUCAUGAACCGAGUUUUGUGAAAGAAAAUAAUGGCACUAUCAAUUUUUAUAAAGUUUCAAGCAGGAGAACUUGAGAAUACAUUGUGUGACAGAAGCAUUAUUCACGUGCUCACUUCCAUUGCAUUCUAGGUUGAAUAAGUAUGGCUAAAGGACCAGCAUAUGACAUUUGGAGUCAUAGAAACAUAAUUAAAUUUGACUCGCAAAUGUCCAGUGCUAGGAUUUAGCUUUUGUAGUCAUAGAUAAAGGACCAUUAUGAUAAUUCAGUACUUUAGUAAAUCUAAUACUGAAAAUAUGAACUUGACUUUGGAAGAAGAAGAAACCAGGAUGUAAUAUUUUAACCUAUAGUGACAUAAAUUGGACUUGAAUGAUUAGGAGUUGUAUGGACUUGAAUGCUUUAGCAUUUGCAGACUUGAAUAUUUUGGAGUUAUAUGGAUUUAAAUGCUUAGGCAUUUGUGGACUUGGAAUUCUUUAGAGUGGCAUGAACUUGAAUGCUUCGGUGUUGUAUGGAUUUAAAUGCUUUUGGCAUUUAUGAACUUCAAUGCUUUGGAGUUAUUUGAACUUGAAUGCUGUGACACUUGUGGACUUGUAUGCUGUGGAGUUACGUUGAUGCGAUUCAAUACAAUGAAGAAAGUGGAUUCACCAGAGGGCUGAUUUGGAGAGGCAAAAAAAAAAGGGGGAGUUUGUGACAGAUUGUUUCAAGAAUUGACCAAAUAAAAGUUUGGGCAGCGGAUCGGUGGAAUUUUUGGAGCUGGAAUCGUUUUUGGUGCUGGAAAAGAAAAUCAUCAUCAUUUGCUGCAAAAUGUCAUCGAAAAGAAAAAUUUGCUUUGAAGUCAUUGAGAUAUGGAGGGUUGUGUAGAUAGAUUUAGCUAACAGUCCAUAUGUACAGCAUUGUACAGUUGGCUUUUUUGUAAUUUUAGCACAAGUUUCAUUUUGUGUAGUUAAGCUAAAGGUUAAAAACCAAAAGAUUGUACUUUUUGUUUUUCGUCAUUUUAGCUCCAGGCUAAACAUAAUAGAUUUAUUAUUUGUGUAGUGGGUUUUUUUGUUGUCGUUUUUUAGUACAUCAAACUAUAAAAUUACAAUACUGUACAAUGCUUUUUGCUUUUAGUUUAAAGAGGUUUAAGCUGGAAUUUGUACAAGAUUGUACAAUUUAUCUUGAAAAAAACAACCCAAAAAAACUAAACCAAACAUUGGUGAAGUUUAAUUAUAAGCUAAAACAAAAAGGAUUGUACAUGUAAGAUUGGAUUUUUGGUGUUCAAAGUUGUAGUUUUAUCAAGGUUAAAAUGUAAAAAAUCAUUUUGUAUUGAUUUUUAACAAAUUUUGUAUUUGCACGUUUAUAAUGUUGCUUUGUUAUAUUUGUAGCUAUAAUACCAACUUGUAUCAUUUGUAAUGCAACACUGACUUCAAUCUAAAUGAAUAUUUCUUUAUUGAAAUGUUUUUUGAAAAAUUAAGUAAAGUUGUAUUGCUAUUUUGUAAAAUAUUUGUUUUGCAGUUUAGAUAUUGCUUUUAUGUCAUAUUAUUUAAAUAUUUAACCAAUUUUCUUUAUUCAUUCAGUAACACCCCCCCCCCCCCCCCAAAAAAAAAAAAAAAAAAAAAAAAAAUUAAAAUAAUUGUGCCUCUUGAGAUGUGCAUUUCCAGAUGCAUACAAGGUUGUAUCAUUUUUUUAUUUAUUAUUAUAGAUAUAUGUAAACAAAUUAGUUUGUAUUUGACCUCGUUUGUUUUCUUUCUUUGAAAGCAAAGACAAAUUUAGGUGAAUGAUAUAUUUAGAGCUGUAUUAAGUAGACAAUUUUAAGUUAAAAAUAGCUUCUGAACCCUACACCCCACCUCAUAGCUUCACAUCACAUUCCCAACUGUUUUCCUCUUUCCACUUUUGCUUUUCUACAUUAAAUUUUUAAAAAUUUUGUGCUACAUGUAUUCAUAAUUAGUGUCCUGCUACCCACCUCCACUCCUCAACACUCUACCUAUUGCCACACUCCGGUAUUCUUUCUCUACUAUGCUUAUAAUGCAGUUUUGACUUCGCUUUUUUCCCCUGUAUUUGUCGUACUUAAUAUUGUGCUGUGACUUGUUUUAAACACUUUAAUUAAAUGUAUUAGAAAGCAUAUUAUGUAUAUGCAUAAUGCUAGAAUGGUCGUGGUUGGUGGGGUAAAAGUUUGUGAUGCUUUUUUUUUCCUGCUUUUUUUCCCUGCUUUUUUUUUUAAAUACACACAUUGUAUUAAUAAACAUAAUACUAUUAUUAAACAGUAUAAUUAUCUUUGUGCUGUGUUAGCAUUUUUAGCAUCUUAUUUUCUUGUCUUUCAUGAUUAUUGUUGUACUCUACUGUAACAUCAAUAAAUCCAUUGGUUAAAUACUCAGUUUAUUUCACUGUGUAUUGCUGUCACAAUUCUGCCACAUUAUAUUACCCACAAUUGAAUGUUUGUGUCACAAUUCCUGUUUUAAGACAUGCUAUUGCUGUUCAAACAAACUACAGCAUAGUCUCUGUAUUACAAAAAGUGUAACUCUUAUCAGAAACUUGAUACUUGUUUAAGGGUAAAACCUUUUUGGAAAGUUGAAUUUUCUGUUUUAAUACUUAUUGAAAAUAGCUACUCUGCAUUUCCUGGUUUAAUACAUUGUAUUAACUGCUCUACAUAGAAUAGUAUUGAAUGGUAUUUACAAAAUUAACAGGCUGGCUCUUAAAAUCGGUUAAAUUGUCAUGGGUGUUGUGUACUGAAUGCAACCCUGUACUUGUUUAAUAUUAUGGAAUAUUUGACUAAAAUCAGUGUUAGCUACUUAUAAUUAAAUUAUCUGUUAUAUUUCACUUUGAUCAGAGUUUUCCCGACGCCAUAUAACCGUAAAUAAUAUGUGUUAGUGCAUCAUUAAAUAAACCAUUUCCUAUUGAUCAGAGUUUAUAAUGAAAUGGUGCAGUUGUGUUAACAUGAUCAUAAUACAAUCAAAGAUGAGCCUUUUCCCCAUGCAAAACGAGAUUGCAGAAUCACAGAUUUGAUUAAAUCACUGCAUAAUAGUAUAUACAUGCUUGUAUACUGCAUUACAGGUGAUGGGUCUUUCAGUUUUAUUUCCGUUCUAGCUACAUUUACAUAAGUCUAAUUUUUCCAGAUUUAAUACUUGAUUGUAUUUUAAACCAUUUCACUCAAAUCGGUGUUAGAUAAUUGCCUGUUUAUAUAUUCCACUUUGAUCUCAGUUUCUGACGGAAUAAUGCGGUGUAUUAACAUAUAGCUUUACAAUCGAUGACAAACCUUUUUCCAUACAAAAUGAUAUUACAGAUUCUCUUAAUCUCUGCAUAUUGUGUGUGCUACAAUACAGGUGAUAAGUUUUCAAAAUUUAUUUUCACACUAAAAGUGACUAGAUAAUAUAAACAGUUGUAAGCUUCAAUAAAACUUAGCAAAAUUACAUGUACAUUUACAUUCAUGAAUUAAUUAAGUUUUGUUGACUAGAAAAGUGUUUAUAAGUUUGGGUUGUAAUGGAAUGAAUUAAAUUAACAACAGUAAAUUCCUUAAUGAAGCAUAGUUUGUAUUGGACAAAUAUACUGAUUUCAGUCUCAAGUUUAAUAAUUCAUGGUGAUAUCUGAAGUUAAAAAAUGUAUGUUUAAGAUCUUGCUCCCAUGGUUUUGGGUUGUGAUGAAGAACUGUUCUGUGUAGACUUAGAAAUGUUUGUGAAUUUUAAUGUACCAGUAUAUAACCAUUUACGCUUGCUCACCUGUUAUGAUUUUGUUUAGACACCUUUUUUUUUCUUCUACGACUGUAAAUCAUAAAAUACUAACAGUCUUAAUCCAAGUCAAAUUGUAGUAAAUAAUAUUUGAGAGACUAUAAAAAGUGACUAUUCAAGACAGGUGGCUAUGUUGUAAAACAAAAGUCCUAAAACAAAAACAAAACUUUUUUUUUUUUUUAAAUAUAAUUGAUAAAGUGGCCAUUGAGCAAGUUAGAUGGUGUUUAUACGUCAGAUUUUUGUACAACCAGUUAAAUAAAAAUUUUAAUUAUUAUUAUUACAGAUAAAAUAUAAUACUCGUUUGACUUAGUCUUACAAAAUUAGUGUUUCAUUAAACACUUCUUGAUUUCAAUGUUCCGGGUUUCUGUUAAAACAUUAUUUCAUGACUGUUAAUAUUUCUUGUUUUACUGUACCAUUAUUCAUAGAUAUCACGAGUGCUUGAUUUUGUUUGUGUUUACUUUUUACUACCGCAUGUGUAUAGGGUGCUGUACUUUCCCACUGAUCUCAGCAGCUGGUGUCUGUGGCAGCUUGUCGAAGUCUAAUUAUUGCACAUAUAUCAUGUUCAAAUUUGAUUGUCUGAGAUUAUUUUUUAAACUGACUGUUUGGUGUUAUUUUCAAAUAAGUUGUCCUUGUUUCAAUAGUUUUCAUUGAAAUAGAAUUUUUCUUAAAACAUUGUACAUGCAUACAAACAGGCUAUGGUUCAUUUCCUAAAAUCCAUGUUGGUGGUUUUCUGUCUACAUAUUGUGAAAACAUAAAUAAUUAGUUGUAAUGAAGAUAAUACAAAAAGUAUUUUUCAUGAAACUAAAUUGUUUCUGGUUUUGGACCUGGUUAUUAGAUUCAGCUUGAAUUAAAUUCUGUUAACAACAGUGUAUUUGUUUAGUUUCAAAAGGCACAUUUUGUUUUUGACUUUAGCUUCUUUUUCACCCUGUAAAUAUAUACUCUUCAAGAUUAUAAUAUUUUGGGCAUUGUAAUAUCAAUAAAUUCAUAUGUUUAAUGUGUAUCACUGGAUUUGUGAGUUCUAAAAUUUAAAAAAAAAAAAAAAAAAAAAAAAAAGUAUAACCAGUCCAGUCUGAUUAUUUGUGUUAGUAAUUUAAUGUUAAAUCUGCUGGACUAGUUGUAUAUAACCACAUCAACAAUUAAUUUUAAUGUGGAAUAAAAUAACUUUAGAAUUUGCAAUAUAAUCCUCUUUUACAAUUAUUUGGAACAUAAAAAAUGUUUCAAUCUUUGCUUCAUUUUGAAAAAAUUAUAAAUACUACUCUUAAAUGUUUUUGACUUGAUCACAAUUCAGUGUUUGUUUGUAAAUAUGACUGAAAUACAUAUUGGUACCUAUAUUUAAGACUCCCAUAAUUUAUGAUGGAGGUUGUUAAGGACUGUGGGAAUAGACCCCAAAACACUAUUUUUCAUCUUGUUUGUUUUUCAAGUUAGUUGUUCUUCAAGCACGGUUGGUCCAUCUUCCCACAGUCCUGAUUUGCUCAUAUCAUUAAUAUAUCAGUAUGUGAUCUAAUAACAUCUAUAAGAAGACGGAGAGUUCUUUCAACAUGUAAAUAUGUUUUUGUUUUUCAAGGCGAAUUAUUCAUGAUCAGUGUAGAGCUUGGCAUCGAUAUAUCUGUCUACAUGCAUAAAGUGUAGUAUGAAUUUCUGUGUGUAUGUACAAUAUGAUACAUGAUUUCGUUUGCGUUUGUUUUAUAUAUCAAAAACGACUGAAAAAAAAUGUUUUGCUUUUUUGGGUCAGUUUUUCACAUCUGACCUUUCUAUUUGGCCAAGGGUGUGUUCUUCAUGGUUCAUUUAUCGAAUGAAAUGGUGAUGAAAUGAUAUAUUUUUGGGGAAAAACAAAACAAAAAAUAAAACCCAAUCCAGCUAACGGAUGACAUGUUUGAAAUUUUCAUUAUCCAAUUUGUUUUUAGGUUUUUAGUGUGUUUUUUGUUUUUUUAUUUAAAUUUUGUUUUUAUUAUUUACAGUAAUAACAAUUAAAUACAUAUAUACAGACAGUACUAUAAUUCAUUGCAUAUGAAUUGCUUAUAUAUUUGUAUCCCUUGUGCACGAUAGUUUAUUUGUGAAUAUCUUCAUACUGUGCGUACACAUUAUGUAAUAUGUAUUGAGAUUUAUAGAUGCCAAGACUUGGUAAGGCCGUGGAUGCUAGUGAAACAUCUAGAGAGAUGUUAAGAUAAUAAGAUGUGUCAUCUUUAACUGGCAUGUUGGUCAGUUCUGGUAUCAGUGUUGUGUUUUGAACAGAUCUACAUUUCUUUGUCUUGGAAAUGUGUGUGUGUUCAAACUAGUCAAAGCCUGCCAAGUAACAACUUGCAGAACGGUUUUUGGUAUUUUCAUUGUAUAUAUAUUAUUAUGAUGACAGAAUUGAAGGAUUGUUUGGUUUUUGUACGUUUGUAAGUUCAUGUGUUGCUUUGAUCUGCAAGUUUUGAAAUUCGAAGGCAAAAUAUUUGUCUUUUUCCAGGAACCAGGUUUUGGCUGCAUUAUCUAUAGGAUCUGUCUGAUAAAUUAAAAGAAAAUGAACAAAGGCAUUUUUGUGGAGAAGUAUUUGUAAAAAAAAACAAAUU